AUGCGGCCUGCCAAGGACAUUUAUCCGGCACACCGGGUGUUUUUGCCGCAGCUGCCUGUCCUGCUUAGCAGCCGACUCAUCCUGGGGCCUGCACUCUACAAAGCCUAUAGAAAUGGAAAAGUGGCUGAAGCAGUCUCUGUGGGCUUUCUGCUUUGCUGGAGAGGUAGGGACCUGACAAACUUCAUAGGUUACUACCUGACUACCCAAUUGCCUAUUCAGGUUUUUACAGCCAUCUUCUACAUCGACAUAGAUAUAAUCAUGAUCCAAUUUGCACACUACAAGUUAAAGAAGCAGAAGAAAAACACAUAA